UAGAAGUCAUAGUCAUACGCCUCGCCUCUCUUCUUUCUCUCUCAUUCCAGUUCCGACGACCAAAAUUUCUGGUGCUUUAAGUCUAUACUCUGCUGCUUCACUCACUCCCCAACUGCGCCUGAUUUCUCCAUGGCCGGCCGUAAAGACAAAGCUCAGUCUGCCCGCGUCUCUCGAAUCGUCAUCGCCAUCGCAAUCGGAGUUCUUGUUGGCUGUCUUUUUGCUUUCUUGUAUCCUCAUGGACUUUUCGCCUCUGAUCUGCCUGUCCAAAACCGUCGCCUCGGCAAAUCCGAGUUUCUGGUUCAGUCUUCUUCUCCUUGCGAAUCGUCGGAGCGGUUCAAGAUGCUUAAAGGCCACGUCGUUUCAAUAUUAGAGAAGAACUCCCAGUUGGAGAAGCGUAUAAAGGAUCUAACAGGGGAGCUGAGGAUUGUGGAACAAACAAAAGAUCAUGCUCAGAAGCAAUAUUUGGCGCUCAGUGAAAAUCACAAGGCUGGUCCAUUUGGUACUGUCAAAGGUCUUAGAACCAACCCUACCGUAAUCCCUGAUGAAUCUGUAAACCCUCGAUUGGCGAAGCUCCUGGAGAAAGUUUCUAUCCAGAGGGAGCUGAUUGUGACACUUGCGAAUUCUAAUGUACAACCCAUGCUGGAGGUUUGGUUUACGAGUAUCCAGAAGGUCGGUAUACCGAAUUAUUUAGUUGUGGCUCUGGAUGACCAGACGGAAGAAUUCUGCAAAUCCCAUAAUGUGCCUGUCUACACGAGAGAUCCAGACAAGAGUGUUGAUUUAAUCGGAAAGGAAGGAGGCAACCAUCAAGUCUCGGCAUUGAAGUUUCGGAUUUUGAGGGAAUUCUUGCAACUUGGAUACAGUGUUCUUCUCUCAGACGUCGAUAUAGUCUACUUACAGAAUCCUUUCGAUCAUCUUUACCGGGAUUCAGAUGUGGAGUCGAUGAGUGAUGGUCACAGCAAUAUGACAGCUUAUGGAUACAACGAUGUAUUUGAUGAACCUGGCAUGGGCUGGGCUAGAUAUGCACACACUAUGAGAAUAUGGGUUUACAACUCUGGUUUCUUCUACAUUAGGCCUACACUGCCUUCGUUUGAGCUUUUGGAUCGUGUCGCGACUCGGCUUUCUCAAGAAAAAGCAUGGGACCAAGCUGUUUUUAACGAGGAACUCUUUUAUCCUUCUCGUCCUGGACGUGAUGGACUUCAUGCCUCCAAGAGAACCAUGGAUAUGUAUCUUUUCAUGAACAGUAAGGUACUCUUCAAGACUGUUCGUAAGGACCCGAAACUAAGAAAGUUGAAACCCGUCAUUGUUCAUAUUAAUUACCAUCCCAACAAGUAUCCAAGAAUGAAAGCAGUCGUCGAAUUCUACGUGAACGGUCAGCAAAAUGCUCUGGAUUCGUUCCCAGAUGGUUCUGAAUGAUGAACCUCUCUUCCAGCACAUCAUCACAAAACUAAGUCCCAUGAGCAAACAUUGCGACCAUUGUUUUGCACAAUUCAGCUGCUCUACAAGGAAGAUUCAUUCUAUCAUCCCUUCAGAAAA